CACCUAUUUUCUGCGCACCGUACCAACUUGGCGUUUUCCCGAGCUUAUUGACUCAUUGGAUGGCGUUUUGAGGGAUUCGGUAGAGUCGUUGUUAAACGUUUCUCUCAGUGCAGUCCAGUGGGAUCAGGCUUCCCUUCCUAUUCGGUCGGGUGGACUAGGCGUGAGGCGAGCACGGGAUGUGAGUUUGCCGGCCUUUCUGGCGUCGGCGGCGGGGGUGGUGGGCCUUGUCACUCAAAUUUUAACUCCUAAUGGUGUCGAGGUUUCCAUUCCUUUUGCUGCGGAUGCCAGGGAGGCUUGGUUGACUCUCAACCCUGACGCAGCGAUGCCGAAAAGACCGGACCUUCAACGUUUGUGGGACGAUGUAGGGGUUAAGCGGGUGCUUGAGGGCUUAUUGGACAGUGCGGAGGGUGUGGAUAAAGCCAGGAUUCUUUCAGUGUCGGAGCCUGAGUCUGGAGCGUGGCUACACGCACUUCCGUCACCACACUUGGGCACACUACUGGAUAGCGACUCGACGCGGAUUGCGGUGGCUCUUCGCCUCGGCUGUGCGGUGUGUGAACCUCACAUAUGCAUCUGCGGCACUAUGGUGGAGAGCAACGGUCAUCACGCGUUGAGUUGUUGUCGGUGUGCGGGGAGGUUCCCGCGGCACCACGCGCUUAACGAUAUCGUGCGGAGGGCGUUGGUGUCUGCGAAUGUCCCUUGCGUGCUGGAGCCUCCUGGUCUCUGUCGCUCUGACGGGAAGAGACCGGAUGGGUUGACGUUGGUUCCUUGGGAGAGGGGAAGGUGUUUAGUUUGGGACGCAACGUGUGUCAGCACUUUCGCCACUUCGCAUAUUGGCCGUACCGCGAGAGUGGCACGGGCGGCGGCUGAGUUAGCUGCAGCUCGCAAGCGGGAGAAGUACGCGAUCCUUGCGAACUAUUUGUUUAUCCCGAUUGCAGUGGAGACUACCGGUUGCUGGUGUGCGGAGGCCAGAGUGUUUUUCGGGGAGGUGGGAAGACGCUUGAGGGAGAGGGGUCUGGAUCCUCGCUCUGGGACCUUCCUGAUGCAAAGUGCAUGA